UGCAGCAGCAGCAGGCGCUCUCUGCAGUACAGAUCUGCUGAGAGCAGAGCUCCUCCACCGACCACAGCCGCAGGGCUCCCACUGCAGUUCAGAGGGAAAACCACACACACACACUCACACACACACACACUCACACGCGCACACACAUAUACAGUAUAUAUAUAUAUAUAUACACACUGGAGGGAGGAACUGAUACCUCACAAGAACCACAGCUCAGAAGACAAGACAAAGAGGAGGAGAAGAAAAGAGUUAUCAGGAACACACGAGACGAGGAGAGCGAGGGCCGGACCAGGUUCACUGCUGUUUUCUUUGGACAAUCAAUAAUUUAUCCUCUGACUCAUUUGGUUUUGGUGGGGGGGGGGGGGGUCUGUGGAACACAACUUUGCUUUUUGAAAAAGUUUGACGUCCAGGACGGGAUUUUUCUUUUUUGCAGCAGCAACAUUUCUAACUACCUGGCUCUUUUUGUGCAGUCGCAGCAAUACCUGCCUCGGAACUUCUCCACUGUGCGUGAUUUUGUUUCUCUGGGCGUGCGAGCAUCUCUCUCGGACGGAGUGAAGUGAGUUAACAGGUCCUCGGGUGUAACUGUGUGGAAGAGUGCAUGUGUGAAUUCACAUUGUUUUGUUCUUUUACGCCGCAGUGCAAAAAUAAUCUUCCCUUUGCAUUUGACUCAGUGUCUAGAUUCUUACUGUCAUCUUCACUUUGACAUGUAUCAGGCAGACUUUUCUUCGCGUUGAGGAUUGUGUCAACGCUACAGAGGUACAUCCCGAAGAAACAGGGUAUAAGAGACAUUGGCAAGUUCAGCUUCUUUUUGGUGUUUUUUGUUCAAAUAUACUGGAGGAAACUUCUUCUUUUUUUUUCCUGUGGUGAAGCCUCGGCAACAUCUGCCCCUGCCCCUUAUCUCGGGAUGGCUGGCUGUACCAGCCGCUGCAGGCAGGGGGUCCUCAAGUUGAUCCAGUCCCUGCAGAGAUUAGUCUCAGGAACCCUCGCGAAAGAUAAAACAGAUGAGGAGCUGGAGAUGACGACGGUGUGUUACAGACCGGAGGGCCUUGACCAACUGGAAGCGCAAACUAACUUCACCAAACAGGAGCUGCAGAUCCUCUAUCGGGGUUUCAAGAAUGAAUGUCCAAGCGGAGUGGUAAACGAGGAGACGUUUAAACACAUUUACGCCCAGUUCUUCCCUCAUGGAGAUGCAAGCAUGUACGCACAUUAUCUUUUCAACGCGUUUGACACGACAAACAAUGGCUCCAUUAAGUUUAAGGACUUUGUGAUGGGGUUGUCCACACUGCUGCGGGGGACUCUGAGGGAAAAGCUGGAGUGGACGUUUCACCUGUAUGACAUUAACAGAGACGGGUACAUAAAUAGAGAGGAAAUGACUGAGAUUGUGAGAGCCAUUUACGACAUGAUGGGAAAGUACACCUACCCUGCACUAAAGGGGGACGUCCCUCAGCAGCACGUGGACGCCUUUUUUCGGAAAAUGGACAAAAACAAAGAUGGGAUGAUGACUUUAGAGGAGUUUAUUAUAGCCUGCCAGGAGGAUGAAACUAUGAUGAGAUCCAUGCAGCUGUUUGAGAACGUGAUGUGAGACAAGCAGAGAGGACGGAGGGGAAAAAAGAGAGUGCUCGGUGCGUGUGCGUGUGCGUGUGUGUGUGUGUGUGUGUGUGUGUGUACAUCCAGUCUCUCCUCUUCCCAUCUCCCCCCCCCCCCCCCCCCCCCCACAAAGACUUAAAGGAAGGGACUGGACUGGAAUGCUUUUAAGCGUUUCUUGUGGAGUUUCACCACACAACACAAAGUGACUGAGAGACUUGGACAUAAGGACAUCGGUCUGGAUCAUGUCUUGAAGAUUGAACAGUGGCCCGUCAAAGAUAAAGAUACUCCUGCAUUACAAGGCUGCUCCCGACCAGCAAAGAGCUAUUAGUUCAACCAGCAGAACUAUCUUUUUUUUUUCCCCCUAAAAGCUGUUCUAUUUUUGACCAAAAUAUAAUUGCAUGCUUUUGCAAGAGCUUUUAUUUUAUCUCCAAAACUUACUAUGGGCAUUUGGUCCAUGAGGACUAUAUUCAUCUCAUGCACAUAAUAGUUGACCAAUAUGGCGUAUUUCACAUGUCAUGUACUGGUUACACCGUUGCAGUGAACCAGCUGUACUCUUUGUUUUGCCUGCUGAGACCCAAUGCUGCUGAAACCCAAUGCUUCUGUGGAAAGCGUCAGUAGAAAGUCAAAGAAUUUGGAAAGCAGCACAUUUGAUGGCGUGCGUGUGCGUGUUUGUGCGUGCGUGUGUAAGUGCGUGCGUGCAUUCAUGUGUGUGUGUGUGCGUGAGUGACCCGGUCUUUGUGUCUAUGUUGACUGCUUUUCAGCUUUUUGUGGUAUAAUUGGUGUGUUGUCAAAAUGUAAAAAAGAAACGUCUUGUGGGAAACGUGCAUACAUUUGGAGAUGACAUGCAAACUGAAGAUGUUGAAGAUGAGGGAGAAAUCAUGAAAACCAAUGUCUUCAUUUUACACAGGGAUGUCAAUAAAACAUUUGUAUGUUGCAACCGUAUCCAUCUCUCUCAUGAAAAGAGUCAGAUGAGGGUUUGCUUAGCUCAAAAAUCUGGAUGAGGUCCUGCAUUGAGAAAGUAGUGAAAAAGUUGCAGGGAAAAACAACAGAAUGUCAUCUUUGGAAUGUGAUGUUUUCGUGACGCUGCUGACGAUGGCUCCAUCUGUAUAUGUGAUCAUGUGGCACUGCUUCCUCCCGCCAAACCGAAUCUGUGAUGUCACACUGAUGUACAGGUGCAGACUCCUGUUGUUGCCUGCAGAUUUUUUUCUGUGAGUCCUGGUGUGUUUGAAAGCACCACCUUAAUAGAAAACUCACUUGGCUUCAGUAGUUUAAGCAUAAAAAUAUGAAUCGCUGUCUGUUUUUCUUUGCCAGCAGUGGAGCAGCUCUUUGCUGUGUGGUACAUCUGUGUGACAUCACACCCUCAGGUCUCUGGUAUCUCGGUUUGAAGCAGAGCUGUUAAUUCUCACGAGCAGUAAUUUAAUGCUAAGCCAUAGGAAUAAAUAUCGUUCUUAAACCAA